GCCCCGCCCUCCAGUAGACUCUAGUCGCUAGCCUCAAACCAACUCUCUCUACUGUAUCGAUGAAGUUGUUUCAAAGAUGGCGGAUUUCCUGCCGUCCCGGUCCGUUUUAUCAGUAUGUUUUCCAAACUGUGUCCUCACGAGUAACGAGGCAGAACAAUUAAGGAUAUCUAAAGAAAUAGACAAAAGUAUUUCGCGGGAUAAGACGUACGUGAAGCGGCUUGUGAAGAUUCUGCUACUCGGAGCGGGAGAAAGCGGCAAGUCUACUUUCCUGAAGCAGAUGCGCAUCAUCCAUGGUCAGGACUUCGAUCAAAGGGCAAAAGAAGAGUUCAAGGCCACGAUUUUUAGUAAUGUAAUUAAAGGGGUGCGUGUGUUGGUGGAUGCCAGAGAAAAGCUCCACAUCCCGUGGGGAGAGGCGUCCAACCAGAGGCACGGAGAGACCAUGAUGGCGUUUGACACGAGGUCGGCCAGGAUGGCCCACGGCAUGGUGGAGACCAGGGACUUCCAGCAGUACCUGCCCUCCAUCCGGGCCCUGUGGGCCGACACGGCCAUCCAGGACGCCUACGACAGACGCAGGGAGUUCCAACUGGGAGAGUCUGUAAAGUAUUUCCUGGAUCAUUUGGAAAAGCUGGGACAGCCGGACUACCUACCGACUCAGCAGGAUAUUCUCCUGGCCCGUAAGCCCACUAAAGGUAUCCAUGAGUACGACUUUGAGAUCAAGAACGUUCCAUUUAAGAUGGUGGACGUUGGGGGUCAAAGGUCGGAGAGACGGAGAUGGUUUGAGUGUUUUGACUCUGUCACCUCCAUCCUCUUCCUUGUCUCCUCUUCAGAGUAUGACCAGGUCUUGAUGGAGGACCGUCAGACCAACCGUCUCAGCGAAUCCCUCAACAUCUUCGAGACGAUCGUCAACAAUCGUGUUUUCUCCAACGUCUCCAUCAUCCUGUUCCUCAACAAGACAGACCUUCUGGAGGACAAGGUGCGCUCCGUCCCCAUCAAGGACUAUUUCCCAGAGUACCCCGGGGAGCCACACAGCCUGGUCGACGUACAGAGGUUCCUAGUGGACUGUUUCCGGGGGAAGAGGAGGGACGUGACACAGAAGCCCCUGUACCACCACUUCACCACAGCCAUCAACACGGAGAACAUUCGCCUGGUGUUCCGAGACGUCAAGGACACCAUCCUCCACGACAACCUAAAGCAGCUGAUGCUGCAGUGAUUGCAGGGGGGUUAUGACCUUUUGAAGUCACCUUUUGGCCUUUAACCCCCCCGUGACCCCUCACCGUGACCCACUGACUUGCAGUGAUUGCAGGGUGAUGAACAGAGAGCAAAAGAGUUGUGUUGUGUUACACUGUGUCACGUGUCACUGCCUUUUAAGUCACCUUUUGGCCCUUGACCUUUAACCCCUGUGAGCCCUCACCUUGACCCCUGAUCUCCAGUCACCUCUGGUGCAGGCUGUCCCCUAUGACCCUUGACCACUGAACCCUGUUACCACUUCUAAUGGCCUUGUACCUGGCAGUUCUAUCCCCCCCCCCCUCUAAACCACUGUAAAUGAGCCCCCCCCCCCUCUAAACCACUGUAAAUGAGCCCUCACACGCCCCUCUCCUCUCUGUAAUGGACUAUUCCAGAGUCUGUAGAUAUGUCGAUGUGUUCUGUAGGAUGAAGUUGCCCUCGGACGCUGAUCCUGGGUCAGUUUUUCAUUUUCCCCACUAAUGGUUAAUGACAGGAUAUGGGGAAGGGAAGCUGGUCCUAAAUCUGUUCUAUAUUACUAUAUUCACUCUGUUGGUUCACUCUUAACUCUCUUGUCUCACUGUCACAUUGUAACCUGUCUGAGCAGCCCAGACCACCGCUGGAGGUUAUCGGUCAAGGGUGAUGGGGUCAACUGGCCUUUCUGUGUUGGAGGGAUAGGGGGGGGGGGUCAAAGGUCGUCACCCGCGGCAACCAGGGAAGAGGGGGUGGUAACGCUGUAGAACAAAAUGCUGACUGUUUUACUGGCCUCAGCCUGUCGCUAUGCACCUCCACCUGCCCUGAACUGGCUAGAUUCUCCACUUCCUUUUCCCUCAGAGCCUGAUUAUGACCUCACCGUGACCCGCCACCCUCUGACAGCAAAUCAGUGUCACUAUCUGGAUGUGGAACUGAAGAACCAACUGCAGCGGAGAGCUUGUUACUUGUUGUUGCCGGGGGGAAGUUAAAGAGUGGGGGGAAUUUACAGCACUGUACUAAAACUAAUCCUUAAUGAUUCCACAAAUAAGCCUUUUACCACUGUCUGAUGAUUACCUAUCAAACAGAGCUACACACACACACAACCUGCCCAUAGAGACUCUUCUGACCUGAUCCCUGUCUUAGUCCUGGCCUUACUGUUUGGAACUUUAGUUUUUUAAUCAGUUACAUUUGUUACUUUUUUUCUCUCACAUAGAUUUAUUAUGAAUAUAUGUACCUAAACAUUGUCUUAAGUUAUAUUUGAAAGGUUUAUGCACAAGUUUGAUUUACACCUGCUGAUAGGCAGUGUUAAAGGCUAUGGAAGAGGGUGGGUGAACACACACACACACACACACGGACCGCUCAGACAGACUUGCUCCAGACAGACUUGCUCCAGACAGACUUGCUCCAGACAGACUUGCUCCAGACAGACUUGCUCCAGACAGACCAGUUGAUAAACUACUGAGCUAAUUCUCAGGAUACAUUGUGGACCACUUAUUUGUGUAUUUAGAGCAAUGCUAUUAAUUUUCCUAAGUCCUAAAACACACACACAGGCGGCUGUCCAUCAGAGGCUGGUAGUCUAAACAACUUGUCGGCCAGCUACAUCCCCUCUUCCAGUCCUCAUUGUUUCUCCCCUCUCUCUCUUUCUGUCCCUCUCUCUGUGUUAGUGUAAGCAAGUGAUCAGCCUUAUAAACCCUGUGGAGGCUCAUCCUAGAGGGAAGAGACGGUGAUCAGCCUUGUAAACCCUGUGGAGUCUCAUCCUAGAGGGAAGAGACAGUGAUCAGCCUUGUAAACCCUGUGGAGGCUCAUCCUAGAGGGAAGAGACGGUGAUCAGCCUUGUAAACCCUGUGGAGUCUCAUCCUAGAGGGAAGAGACAGUGAUCAGCCUUGUAAACCCUGUGGAGGUUUAUCCUAGAGGGAAGAGACAGUGAUCAGCCUUGUAAACCCUGUGGAGUCUCAUCCUAGAGGGAAGAGACGGUGAUCAGCCUUGUAAACCCUGUGGAGGCUCAUCCUAGAGGGAAGAGACAGUGAUCAGCCUUGUAAACCCUGUGUAGGCUCAUCCUAGAGGGAAGAGACUGUGAUCAGCCUUGUAAACCCUGUGUAGGCUCAUCCUAGAGGGAAGAGACUGUGAUCAGCCUUGUAAACCCUGUGUAGGCUCAUCCUAGAGGGAAGAGACAGUGAUCAGCCUUGUAAACCCUGUGGAGUCUCAUCCUAGACAUACUCUUAUCUCUCAGUCAGGGAAAAGUGGUGGGGAAAUGGUGUCAAAUGAUUUGAUGAAUGAUGAAUCUUUCUCCUUAACUCCUCAGCGACCAAUGUGUCUUUUAUUCCUAGCAAACCCCCAUAACAGGUCUUUAAAUGAGUUGGACGUUGGGUUUCUACCAACUGGAGGGGAACCAGGAGAUACCUUUCACAUUGUUGUACCAGUUAUCCAGGGGGCGUCUGAAGUCACACCCUACUACUCCCUAUCUAGUGCACUGCGUUCGGCCCUAUGUGUCUUUGGUAGGGCACUACUUAGUGCUCUGGUCAAAAGUAGUGCACUAUAUUAUUAUUAUUAUUAAGGUAGUAGGGUGCGGUUUUGCACGUAGACCCCUAAAAUCACUCUCGCUGCCUCUCUCGCUCUCUCUCUCUCUCUCUUGUUGUCUCUCUCUCUCUCUCUCUCUCUUUCUCGUUGUCUCCCAAGUGAGCGCUAUUCCCUAUAUAGUUUUGGAUGCAGUCUGAGUCUCGUUGGCCAAACAUGCUGCAUGUGUAGCUCAAGUCUCUCUCACAAACACUGUCAGCCCUGUUAGGGCUUCUGACUGAUUGCUCCAGGCCACCCCUUCCAUAGCUCCGAGUCAUCCCCAGCACAGAGCUCUUUGUCUGGGCUGAGACUGUGUGUCAGGGCCCCUUGGCUGAAGGCCCGAGGCUCUGGAAAGAAAGGGCCACCAUUCCAUCCUCUAUACCAGGCGGAUGGACUGGUGUGACUGGGACCAGUGUCUCCUCCCCCCCGCGCCACACACACACACCAGUAAGUCAGACCAGACUAGGGUCUGUGGUUUGUCUUUGUCGAUGCUGAACAAACACACACUCCUACAGAAACAGACCACUUUCUCCCAGGGGAUGUAGAUGUCCACACAGAUUAAUACGGAGUUCCAACUAAGAUGCAACAAAAACAAAAAAUAGCCUUAUGGGCCACCAUAGUUAAAGCAUUUAGCCUUAUGGGUGACCUCUGACCUGGGUUAAAUAGAUGUAACCAUCAUCACUGUGCUUGCCCACCUCAGGAGCCCUGCUGUUUAGAGUAGCUAGGUCCUUUAAGAGUGUUGUCUGAAGUGGCCUGAUCAACAGUUUUCCACUGGACCCAAAGUGAUCAUUCUAGAAUCAUGUCCAUUCUAGAACUGUGUGUCCAUUCUAGAACUGUUUCUAGCCAUUCUAUUUCUAUGGGUGUAGUCAGUGCUUUUUGCCAAAUGUCCUCCAGAGUGACUCAAUACCCAGUAGACAGGCAGACGGACAGACCUAUGUCCCCUACUGGUCUUAUGUAGUGAGGGAGAGCUCAAAUAGGAGUCCCAAAUGGCACCUUAUUCCCUAUAUAUUGCACUAAUUUUGACCAGGUCCCAUAGGGUCUAAAGUAAUGCACUAUGUAGGGAAUAGGCUGUCAAAGACAGACAGACGCAGGCCUUUGUCUUCUCCGGUCAGAGAAAAGGGUAGACAGUCUGCCAGUAGUAACACAGUGGUCAGUAUUCAGUCAGUGUGUAUGUAUCUGCUCCUUCAGGCUGUCUCUCUCUGUGCUGCUGCUGCUGCGGGGGUUUUAAAUGUGUGCCAACGGCUCCGUUCCAAAAUCAACGCUAGCACACUAGUUAGAAUGCACUGCUUCCUUCAUGUUCGUGUGGAUGUUGGAAUGCAGCCCAAGAGUCAGUCAGAACACAGUGUCAUUUCAAAUGCCCAGGCCCACUUUGAUGAUGUCACAAAGCCUGUUUCAUUAGGUUUCUGCUACAGACAAAAACCUGCUUUCAGUGGCCUGGUCGUCCUCCACAACGGAUUUUAACCCAGUCUGAGUUGUAAUUCAUUGUGUCAAAAAGAGCCGUAGAGGUUUCAAGCUGUUAACUGUGAUGUCAGACCCCCGUCCUGCCCUGAGAACUGUCUGUUCCCCUCUCUGUCUCUCUGUCUGUCUCUCUCUCUGUCUCUCUGUCUCUGUCAUCACUGAGGGUUCCGACACACAACGAUAAUGAAACGUCAUUCUGGUUCUAUUGAUUCUAUGGAAUGUGGAGGAAGGUUUGGGGCCUGGUCCAUUAAAUCAAGGUGGAGUUGUGAAUGUGCAAUCUGACAUAUUGGACCUGGGAUGGGAAGGACCUGAGUUGUGUGUGUGUGAGAGGUGAUGGUGUUUUAAAGCUAUGCAACAGCACUGUGCUCCGGUCCACACAGCAAAAAUACUUCAAUGAACCACUUCUUGUGUAUGUUAUGAGAAUGAUCCUGAUGAUUUGUUACUGUUGUCCCAUGUUAUCCAUUCAGUUCUUUAUUAGUGAAGAGGGAAAUAUGCAAAUGAUCUGCCAAAACAUGACUGAUGUUGUGCCUCUUGUUACCCGACUUUUUUCCCCGUCAAGUUUUUAUAAAUACAGUGUUUGCCUUAGCGGUGUUUAUAUGUCCUCGUUUCAAUGAUGGCUGCGUUCCAAAUGGCACCCUAUUCCCUACAUGAUGACCUAUUGGCUCCGGUCUAAAGUAGUAUAAGUAAAUAGGGACACGGGUGUCAUCUGGGACAGUAUCCAAGAAGAUUAUUCACAUUACGAGUCCCAUCAAUGGUUACAAACGGUUUCUCUUGCUUAUACAAUUGAUGAUUUUUUUUUUUUAUUGUUUAUGAGAAAAUGCUUUCGUUGUACAGUCUCUAACUUAUACUGUCUUACCCUCUUACUGUUCUCCCAAUAAAACCACACACCAUUUUACAAACUGUGA